GAUUUAAUUGAAUGCUAAAUAUUGAAAUAUCACUGGAACAGAGAUCCCUUGCUCACGCUAACUUGUUCGAUCAACGUUCAUUUCCGUCUUCAUUUAGCCAGCUCCCUGUCGGAUGUUUUUCAGGUUUUAGACGGAGAGCCGAGCGCGCAAGGAAUAGAUAAAAAUGGGUCAAGAUGAAGAAAUUGUCAAGCAAGAAGAGUGUGCGAGUGAUAGCGUUGCCGAUGAUAAACUUGUCACCUGGGACGGGCCUGAUGACCCAGAGAACCCGAAGAAUUGGUCUACUCGUCGGAAGUGGCUAGCAGUGAUCUCAAUCUCUGGCUUCGUUCUGAUGAGUCCGCUUCCAACUACUAUUGUCUCUCCGGCGAUAGACACCAUUGCUGAAGAACUCAAUGUCACAGUGACGGUUCAGAAGCCUAUGGUUAUGUCCAUCUUUCUCCUUGGCUAUGCCAUUGGGCCCAUGUUCAUUAGUCCCUUGUCUGAGAUAUGGGGACGGACACGGGUACUGCAGUCAUUCAACUUUGUGUUUCUGGUCUUCAAUACUGCGUGCGGUGUGGCAAGGAGUAUUGAGCAAUUACUUGCCUUUCGGUUCUUUGCUGGACUGUUUGGGAGUUGUACUGUUGGUAUCGGAGCUGGAACUCUCGGAGAUCUGUUUCAAGCCAAAGAUCGCGGUAAGGCCAUGGCAAUCUACAGCAUAUUCCCUCUUAUGGGACAAGUCUUGGGCCCUAUUGCCGGGGGCUUUUUGACAGAGCGCACGUCAUGGCGUUGGGCGUUCUACGCAACGUCCAUCAUAGACGGCUGCGUGCAGCUCUUCGGCCUUCUCUUCCUCGACGAGUCAUACACGCCCGUUCUUCUCCGCAGGAAAAGAGACCGCCUGAUGAAAGAAGGAGCCACCGGCCUUUACACAGAACAUGACUUCCCAAGCGACUCUAAGCUUGAACUGAUGCGGACAAUCAUGAUCCGCCCAAUCAAGCUUCUCUCAACGCAACCAAUAGUGCAAGUCAUGGCACUGUAUCAAGGCUAUCUCUACGGUAACAUCUACAUUCUCUAUUCCUCCAUCGCAGUCCUCUGGACAACCCGCUACCACGAGAAGCUAGACAUAGCAUCACUCCACUACCUCGCACUGGGCCUAGGAACAGCCUUCGCAGCGGAAGUAGCAACCCACAUCAACGACCGCAUAUUCCGAAUUUUAACUAAGCGGAACGGCGGCAAAGGUCUGCCUGAGUUUCGCAUACCUAUCAUGAUACCAGCCACCGUUGUCCUGUCUAUCGGGCUGUUCUGGUACGGGUGGAGUGCGGAAGCUCGUAUAUUCUGGCUGAUGCCGGAUAUUGGCAUUGCGCUGUUUGCGGCUGCUGCGUACAUCUGCACGGUCUCGAAUAAUAUUUAUGUCGUGGAUACGUAUGGGCGAUACUCUGCUAGUGCUCUUGCUGCGACGUCGAUGCUCCGGUGUCUGGCAGGAUUUGUGUUUCCGUUGUUUUCUCCAUAUGCAUAUGAACGGAUAGGGUAUGGCUGGACCUCAAGCAUACUGGGUAUCAUUGCACUGUGCAUUGGUCUGACUGGCGUUAUAUUCAUUUGGAAGUUUGGGCAUGUAUUGAGGAAGAAGAGCCCUUAUUGUGCUAGUCGUGAUGUUGAUGAUUGUUGACAGUCGACGAACCCAGUUCUAUUGAUUCUACCCUAAUAGAUUGGAGUCAAUGGGAUAGCCUUCUAGAGUAGUUUCAGCAGUGGUCUAUUAAAAAAGCAUUCUAGUCAGACGUUAUAGAAUGGAGAUCUCGCUUGCAGCUCC